AAGGGAGGCGAGGCUUCUUGGUUAGGAACCCGAAUCGGAGAACCCCACCCAACCCUACAAAGAUAGAGAGGGAGAGAUUAAUGUAGAGAAGGCGAAGAGGAUAACGGCGAACGGCGAACGGCGAGAUCUGGGAUAUCAAAUGGCGCUGCCGGCGUCAAUUUCGCUGCCCUCCUUAUCUCCGACGUCCAGGAUUAUUCUAUUCAAGGAGAAACCAUCUUUUAAUAGCUGCUUGCUGCUGUAUGGUAGUCGCCAAGCUACCCUUGCAACUUCAAUGAAAGUAAAAAUGGCACGGUUUAUGGAUUCUAAUUCCAUGCCUAUAGAAAUUGAAAGUUUGAAAGAGAAGAUGCAGGAGGUCGUUCCUGAACCCGUUAAAAUUUUUCCAUGGAAGGAAGCAGAGAAGAUACUGGUGGAGAGACUGCUUUUUAUGGGGAAGGAGACACUGAAAUGGUCUCUUCUCUUGUUCUUUGUUCUCAGCUCCUUUUCAGAUUUUGUAGCAUCCAUAGUUAGAAAUGAGGAGUUACUGAUUCCAAUUGGCCUCUUUAUUGGUGUCUUGUUGACUGACCUUUUAAAAGAGAUAUCUCAAGAAGUGUUUGGCAAAAGCAACUCUGAGGAAUCAAUCUUCAAGAAACAACUUUAUGGUCUCGGUUCCUUCUUCGUUCUCGUGAAGCUAAUUGCUUAUGGCUUCGUAAUUCAAGCACAGGCAUUUCCUUUGCAUGUUGCAAAUGGGGGGUUAAUGCAAGUUUUGUGGCUGUGGAGAAAUUUGUCAAGAGAAAGAAAUCGACCAAAUGAACAAAGCCCAUUUGUAGGUCAAGGUACAUCUUAAACAUGGAUGAAUAUGAUUGUUUCAGAUGUCAAUAUUCGCUUCCAAGAAGAAUUUGGUCAUCAUGUAAGGAUGGGAGAACAUGAUGUUAUGAGAUGUAUGGAAACCUUUCAUUCAAGACGCAUCGGUGAACCCCAGCCAUGUAUAAGUAGGUUUUCUUUUCCUUUUGAGUUCAACAAUUAAUGGGGUGGAAAGAUAUGAAUUGCUGACCUCUUGGUUGACAUUUUCUUAGACCAGUUGAGCUAUACUUGGGUUUGUGUGUAUGAGUAUGUAUCCAAACUCUUGCUCUGAGACGUAAUGCUAGCUAGGUAUUGUUUAUCGGCUUCAUAAUUUGGUAAUGAGCAAAGUUUUGGCGCUGUCUUCCUUUGGGCCCCUCCCUCUUUUUGGUGAA